GUCAAGUAAAUUUCUUUAAGCAAAUUAAGGCAAGGCAACAUUGAGCAAAUGCCAAAAAUGCUGCUCUAUUACUUCCUUGCCACAGUAGUACUUGCCGCAACAAGUACAGCCCAACCUGAUCUCGAUAAUCCUCUUAACAAAAAUUUUAACAAACUUCACCUUCUCCGUCGGCAGGGCAGUUUCGGCGGCAACAGCAACGGAGCAUGGUGCUCGAGUUGGCAAUACGGUGUCGAGACCAACAACAUCAUUGGCUGGAAAACGGUUCCGGAGAAAUGUGAGCUCUAUGUAGCGCGCUACAUGCUUGGCGAGCGGUACGGGGAGGACUCAAAAGUGGUUACUAAGGAAGCUUAUCUCUACGCCCAGAGCCAUACCCUUUCCGACGACGGCAAAGACGUGUGGCUCUUUGAUGUAGAUGACACUGCAGUCUCUAACCUACCUUAUUACGCCACAAAUGGAUUUGGGGUGAAACCUUACGAUCCCGAAUCGUUCCAUCAAUGGAUCCUGUCAGAAGCAGCCCCAGCAUUGCCGAAGAGUCUUAAGUUGUACAAAAACUUAAAAACUUUGGGGUUUAAGAUUAUAUUCUUGACAGGGAGAAGAGAAAACGAAAGAUCCGCCAUUGAGAGUAAUUUAAAAGUUGCUGGAUACCAUACUUGGGAACUAGUUUUACUCAAGGAUGAUGAUUAUUCUGGAACAACGGCAGACUUCAAAGCUGAACAGAGGAAGAAUUUGGAGGAUGCUGGAUACAGAAUUGUUGGGAACAUUGGGGAUCAAUGGACUGAUCUUUUGGGUACAAAUGCCGGCCAUAGAACCUUCAAAUUGCCCAACCCCUUGUACUAUGCCGCUUGAAGUACGCGCUAGCUCUGUUAUAAUGUGACCAAAUAAUGUAGUGCCGAUGGCUAAUUAAAUAUAUAUAUAUAUAUAUAGAUGAACUAUAAAUAAUCGACGUCGUAAGUUGUUGCAUGA